UGAUUUGAGUGUAACACAGGAAGUCCGCGUGAACACACAGCGUUGUUUUCGCUGUUAAAUCAACUGUUGACGGAGAAAUAUCAAAGAAAUCCAGCAGACGAGCUGUAAAUGAUCGUGUUCACAUGUGUCUGAUCAAAACAUCGUCAGCUGGUGUCUGCGGGUGAAUAAUCGUCAGCUGGUGUCUGCGGGUGAAUCGUCAGCUGGUGUCUGCGGGUGAAUCGUCAGCUGGUGUCUGCGGGUGAAUCGUCUGCGGGUGAAUCGUCUGCGGGUGAAUCGUCAGCUGGUGUCUGCGGGUGAAUCGUCUGCGGGUGAAUCCUGACAGUGGAAGCAGCAUGCUUGUUAAUGCAGUUAAUGCACCACAUGACAGAAAUUCCACAUAUUUAUGCAGAGGAAGACGACAGAGAAGGAGGACACGAGGACACGAGGACACGAGGACACAGCUGGUGCAACAGUAGAGGACACAAAGGGAUUGAAGCAGAAGGAUAGAAAGGAAACAGUAAAUCAAACAACCACUGGUUACAACUGUGAAAUAGACAAAGAAAGCUUAAUGAUUCUAUGCAGCUGACCUCACUGUGGCACUUUAUUAAGUGUCCUGUGUACCUAAUAAAAUGACAUGUGGGAUUAUUGACGAGAUGACAGAUCUUAAGAAGAUCCUGACUGCAAACACUCGGCUUUACACAACAGCAGCAGCAGCAGUGACAGUACAUGUGUUAAACCUCGGCUCACACUCCUUCAGAAACUCUUCUGCUCGUAUCCUUUUCUCUCCUUUACACUUGAGUAUAAUCAUUAUUUAUUAUAAUUACUCGUCUCCUUUCUGUGCGAGCUCCCCCUGUUUUUCUUUGAUUUGACCGUGAACGCGAUCCUUCCCACUGAGGCCGCUCACGUUGACCACUUUGACUCCUGAAGUAGAGCAAAGCAGAGCGGAGCAGCCACAUCUGGCAAACUCUACUCACAUCUGGUUUGUGUAUUAGCUCCUUUUCAUGGCCGUCGACCACAGAGUCUGAUAGUUUGCCUGCGAGACACGCGAUGAGAUGAGAUGCAGACACUCACUCUGCUCCAGGGGACACGAGCUGUGUCCACAGGUCAGAGACAGAGCAGGAAAUGUCCCUCACGUUUCAUGAGGAAUAAGAACUUUGUGCUGUUCACUCACAGAUCUGCACAUACACAUUGUUCUAUGUUAUGUUUCACACUGUGUUUGCAGAGAGAAAUAAUCUGCACUUUACUGAAGGAGGCGGACCUCUGAGGAGUAACUUGUGAUGUAGCAGCGCCCUCUUGUGUCAGCACUGAACUGAUUGACUUGUUUAUUCAAGUUCAGCAUCAUCACACUUCCCUUUGAACGUGAACGUGCAGAUGAUACCAGGCCACUUCUGUGAUGUACUGCCCUCUAGUGUUUACAAAUAACUCAACGAUAAUCAAUGCAGUGUAUAGUGUUGGUGAAGUUAGUUGAUGGUGCUGAGGGCCCCAGAAAGGCCCCAGAAAGGCCCCAAAAGGCUUGGGCCAGCCCUGCAUGUAUGUCCUGCCCCUCACAAUGUAAAUGAUUUGUCGUGGUGAUGCUCAGACACUGUGCUGUAUCUGGGUUUAUUAUGGGAGAUAUUCAUCAUUUACUGUGACUCAGUGACAGUAAAAGAUUAAGUCAGUGUUUAAUAUUUGGCAGAAAUCUCAAACGUCAGAGACCUUCGUCUUUGAAAAGUAGUCGUAGUUGCUCUCUUCAUCUUCUCUUGUUAAAAUGGUCCAGGUGAGCAUGGACGGAGCUGAAGAUCUGUGCUGUCGGAGCGUCCCGUCAACGUCCUGCAGGUGAUGAGCACAGGCAGGUGAUGAGCACACCUGACGACAGGCUCCUGAAUAAAGGGCUGAAGAAGGUCAUAAGAGUUGAGUUGUGAUGAUGUGAGCAAUGCAGACGCGUGUGCUGCCAGGACUUAGUACAGGAUCAUUAAAACACUUCAUCAUUGCAACAAAUGGUAAUGCGCUCGGACCUGGAGCCAAACACGGCUUAACAUGCAAACAAGCAACACUUUGAAAAGGAUCUAGAAAGGUGGUGGAGCAGCAGCAGCAGCAGCAGCAGCAGAAAGAAGCAGCAGCAGCAGCAGCAGCAUCAUGGGUGUAGCAAGAAAUGAUUGAGGAACAGAGGACGGAGUCUGUCCUGCAAAGCUUCAUGUGGUUGAAAUCACAUGACUGUAAUAGAAAGUCAUCAAAUCAUUUGAAAGACAAAAUGUGUCUUAAAAGCACUGAUGAUGAUUUUUUGACAAAUCCUUCUGAUUCUGUAUUUUCAUGUUUUUAAUCAUAUUGAAAUCACAAUGUGUCACAAUAGGUUAUGUGUCGCGUGGCCUGUGAUGGACUGGUGACCUUUCACUCUGUCAGCUGGGACUGGAACCAGCAGCCCCCAACCCUCAUGUGGAGGAUAAAGAGGACAGAAAACAAUGGGCGGCCCCGCAGUGUUUGGACUGGCUCUGCAGACCACAGGCAUCUGAGCUGACUCCCUUAACUGUGGUGCCAUACAAUACAGGAACAUGCAGAGCCAACAGAGAGAGCAGGUUGCACUGCAGGUGGCUGGAGGCGGGGUUUGCUCAAAGAUCAUUUGCAUAUGUUAGCAGGUAACAAAAGGGCGGCUGUAGCUCGAGGCAGCGACAGGCUUUAUAUAAGUGUCAGAACCUGUUCCCUUGCACUCUCGUCUCUCCUGAGCUGUGAGGUUUUAUUUAGGAGCUGAAAUCUCAGCAGCUUCAGUGACCAACUGUCAGGACUGCAGUUACGUUACACAGUAAAUCAGGACCAAGACCAAGACCGAGACCAAGGCAGAGCAAGUCUGAGUCAAGACCAAGACCAAGAGUAAGACCAAGGCAGAGCAAGUCUGAGUCAAGACCAAGACCAAGACCAAGGCAGAGCAAGUCUGAGUCAAGACCAAGACCAAGGCAGAGCAAGUCUGAGUCAAGACCAAGACCAAUACCAAGGCAGAGCAAGUCUGAGUCAAGACCAAGACCAAGAGUAAGACCAAGGCAGAGCAAGUCUGAGUCAAGACCAAGACCAAGAGUAAGACCAAGGCAGAGCAAGUCUGAGUCAAGACCAAGACCAAGGCAGAGCAAGUCUGAGUCAAGACCAAGACCAAGAGUAAGACCAAGGCAUUGAGUCAAGACCAAAACCAAGACCAAGGCAGAGCAAGUCUGAGUCAAGACCAAGACCAAGGAAGUGAGUCAAGACCAAAACCUUUAUGAAAGUGUAAACUAGGACUUGAUGUGCUUCUGUUCCAGCUGAACCUGAAAGCGCAGCGAUGCCUCCUCCCGGUGUGUGUCUGAACAUCAUGGAGGCUCGUCACAAGAAAAGUGGAAUCGGCAGCUCGAGCCGCCCUGAGAGUUUAUUUAACCAGGACUACGAGCAGCUGAAACGUUUCUGUCUCACAAGAAAAGUCAAGUACAUCGAUGAGCUGUUCCCACCGGUCACCUGGUCCAUCGGCAUGGGAUUGCUGCGCCCCGACGAUCUGUCCAAAGUGCAGUGGUUAAGACCGUGGGAUAUUUCUUCCAAUCCCUCCGUUGUACUUGAUGGGAUCUCCAGGUUUGACUUUGAACAAGGAUUAGUUGGAAACUGUUGGUUUCUUGCAUCGAUCGGAGCUCUGACUUUCCAAAGUCAAGUCCUCAUGCAGGUGAUGCCUCCAGGGCAAACAUUUCAUGAGGACUACUGUGGGCUGUUUCACUUCAGGUUCUGGAGGUUUGGGAUGUGGGUGGACGUCGUCAUUGAUGACAAACUUCCAACAAUAAAUGGCCGACUAAUCUUUGUCCACUCCAAAGACCCAAAUGAGUUCUGGCCAGCUUUGUUGGAGAAAGCCUACGCCAAGGUUUGUGGUUCCUAUGCCGACAUGAGAGCUGGGACUCCAGCAGAGGCUAUGAUGGACUUCACUGGUGGUGUCCUCAUGCACAUCGACCUGUCGGAUCCUCCAGCAAACAUGUGGGACCUGAUGUUCAGGGCGGGACAGACCACUUCACUGAUGAGCUGCGGGACACAUCCGGGGGAGACGUCUGACAACACUGUGCUCAGAAAUGGAUUGGUCCAAGGCCAUGCGUACACCGUGACGGGUCUCAAACAGUUAACCAGUGGAGGGAAACUUGUACACCUGGUGCGUUUGUGGAACCCCUGGGGAAAAGGAGAGUGGAAUGGAGACUGGAGCGACAAGUCCUCACUGUGGCUCACUGUCAACGCUCAGGACCGUCACAUGUGCCACUCAGUGCGAGAUGAUGGAGAGUUCUGGAUGACCCUGCAAGAGGUCUGUCAAUUCUACAGUGAUCUGAGCAUCUGCUGCCUCACUCCAAACUUCCUCGAUGGAAACUCUUCUUGUCACUGGACGGCCUCCGUGCUCGAGGGCAGGUGGGUUUCAGGAAUCACUGCUGGAGGAUGUCCACAAAACAAAGAAAGUUUCUGGACUAAUCCUCAGUAUCGGGUCAGGAUCGAUGGUCAGCAUUCAGAGAGAGACGGUGAGAAGAACACGCUGCUUUCUCUCAUGCAAAAACCCGACAAGCAGAACAGGCACCUGGUCCAGAACCUCCACAUCGGAUUAUCUGUAUUUGAAGUGCCUGAACAAUACAGGACACACAGAGGGAAGUUCCCGGCCACGUUCUUCAGCACACACACUCCUGCUGCCCAAACCAAAACCUACCUGAACGCACGGCAGGUGAUGGAGUCGCUCGCCCUGAAGCCUGGAGAUUACCUGAUCGUUCCGUCCACCUACCGUCCCAACGAGACGUCCUCCUUCAUCCUGACCAUCCACUCCAAAACUGACGCCCACGGCUAUGAGAAUUCCAACGACUAUAAAAAUGAACCACUUCAGAAGUCUCCACUGGAGGAGCAAAGAGAGAAUCCACAGGACGACAAGAAGAAGACGACCCUCUUCCACGAGCACUCAGACAAGUAUGAGGAAGUGGACGCAGAGCAGCUCCAGAAGCUCCUGAAUGAAAACAUCUUGAAAGGAGAGCUGAAGUCUGGAGGCUUCAGCGUCAAUGACUGUCGCAGCAUGGUCGCUCUGAUGGACAAGUCCAUCACUGGAAAACUCAACAGAGAGGAAUUUGUCUAUCUGUGGAACAAGGUUGUGAAGUACAAGAACAUUUUCUUCCUCACUGAUGUUUCCCGGACUGGAACGCUGUCACUGAGUGAACUGAGGAACGCAUUUGAAGCUUCAGGAAAGAGGCUCAGCGAUGCCAUGCUGAAUCUGAUGGCUCUGCGUUACGGCACGUCCUCUGGACACAUAACACUGGAGAGCUUCAUCACUCUCAUCCUGCGCUUGGACUGCAUGUACAAAAUCUUCAAUAAACUGUCUGAUGGGAAAGCCAUGUCUCUCCAAGAGUCAGAGUGGAUUUACAUUUCCAUGUACACUUAACCUGACAAAGAAGAAGACGCCGUGGACAAUGAUCUCAAUGUUUCUCUGAGAAUGAACUUUGUUAAAGGUGCAGUCUGCAAAACUUUGGUGAAAUUAUUUCCAUUUGGUAGAAAUGAUGCAAAAAAAUACUGUUUUAUUUUAGUGAACCUUUACAUUUACACCAGGAGCAGGUUAGACUGCUGUUUAUCUCAUAGAGAAAUAAUCACCUCUGGAAUUUUGCUGCUAAAUGAAGAUUGCACUGAUUGUUUUGCAUGCACACACACGGAAACAACACAUACACGUAGAGAAGAAACCAUGAUAAUAAUAAUAAUAAUUAUAACAAUACAAACAUGUAAUACAUAAUAAGAUAAGUCAAUAAAAGCCAAGCAAAUAAAUAGGUUUUUAGCAGACACUGGACAGACAGACAGACAGACAGACAUACUACUGUCAGACAGACAGACAUACUACUGUCAGACAGACAGACAGAAACAAGAGAGAAAAAAGCAUUAAGGCCAAAACAAGUGACUUGAGCACAAUGACCACAAGAGGAAGUGAAACCAGCUUUGAACAUUUAUUUAUAUUAUUCAUUAUAAAACAAAUACAUUUUUGUUCUUUUCAUGUUUUCCAGUUAUAGGAGAUCAGUGUGGCGUGCACAUACACACACUUACACACACAUACACACACUUACACACACUUACACAACUCUUUAAUUGUUGCACAUGACAAAAGAUUUCAAAUAAAGAUUGACAGUGUUGAUGUCAGGUUCAAACAAAGUGAGUCAUUCCUUCCACACGCAUGUCAAAGACCUGUUUUGUCACGGACGUGCAGCUGUGAUGCACUUCUGCCCUCUUGUGGGUGAAAACAGUAAAGCACAACAGAGACAUUGACAUGUUACUGUUGCAAAGCAGGAUGUGAUGAUCAUGACCAAGCAGAACAGAUUUAAAGUCAUGUGAAAAGAAACAUUAUCAUCGUUGUUGUUGUUGUUGCUUUCAUUCCUCCACUCGUUUUGUUUCCAGCUCAUUUCACACAUCAAAAAAACAUUUAUGUUUAUUUUAGUAAAUGUCUUUGUCUGGUGUUUCUAUUGUCUUUUUAAAUGAUUCCGCUCUCCCUCAUAAGGCCACAGUUAUAAAUAAGAAUGUGUUCUUAAUCUGGCCUGAAAUAAAAAGGAUGUUGCUGCUUUA